ACUGGUUGAUCGUAGUUUGUUGUAGUAAGCAUGGAUUAUUCUGCUCCACUUUCACAUUACCUGUAACACAGGAGCACCUCACAGACUGGGAGCCAAGCUGGUGUCUGGGGGACUAUCAUCUGUCAGCGGCAGACAGUGUGCCAAUAAGAUGCAGCAACAACCACGCUGACCAACACGUCAGAGCACUCGACAGCUGAAAGGACUGCAGUCUGGAUGUGAUACUUGGUAACCCUGCGUCGGUGUGCGAUGGGUGGACUUGGUCUGCCCCUGUGUUUGCUGGUGUGGAUAGCGGGAACAGCUGUCUGCAGGACAAAAGGUGACGUCAUAGCUCCUGCCCUUCUGACCGCAGAGGCAGGUCAUCCCCUCCUCCUUGGCUGUAACGUCACAGGUGGCAUCAUCCGGCAAGUGAGCUGGUUCCACAAUCGCAACAAGAAGCUCCUGGUGUACGAGCCAGGUGAGUCGGUCCGUAUCAGCCAUCAAGACUCCAACGUGCUGCUCAACUCCUCACACAGCAACUCCAGCUACAUCACCAUCAAGAGCGUGCAGAAGGAUGACGAGGGCUGCUACCAGUGCGACUUCCAUAUUUACCCCUUGGGGCGGCAGCAAGGACAGACGUGUGUCAGCGUCACUGGUAAAGUGCGGCUGGAUGGUAACAAGACAGCCGUGAGCGGGAAACCAAUCACCCUCUCCUGCUGGUACAGCCUCCCCGAGACGGUGCAACAGGUGCUGUGGAGGAAGAUAGCCGAGCAGGGCGACACCACCACUGUAGCUUCCUUCACCAAAAAAGGCGACCAGACCAUAGGUGAUGCGUUCAGGGGGCGCGUGAGUCUGAGCCGAAACCUGGCCGACACCGAGCUAACCAUCAAGGUGGUCAAGACCGAGGAUGAGGGGUGCUACACCUGCGAGUUCCACACGUACCCAGACGGCACCAAGAGCGACACCGCCUGCCUCUCUGUAUUUGUUUUACCCAAACCAGAAAUCAACUAUGUGACCUCAACUUCGGGGGUCACCGAGGCCAACUGCACCGCCCAGUCCCGGCCCGCAGCAGAGAUGGUGUGGAACGUCGACGGGGACAACCGAACGCUGGGGCCGCCCAUGUCAUCAACCUACAAUCAGGGCGACGGCACGACGAUAGUGACGAGCACGCUGCUCUUCCAGUCGGCGUUGCUCAAUGACAUGUCCGUCAAAUGCAUCGUGCACCACGAGGGUUUGAAGAAACCUCUCUCAGUGUCCCUCAACAAACAUGUGAGUCCAGCCAUGGUUAUCCUCCUCUCAGUGUGCGGUGUGGCCGCCGUCCUCCUCCUGUGCGUGUGUGUGUGUCUCUGCAAGUGCUUCAUCUGCACUGACGACUGAUUUGGAACUUGGCAGCCAACACUGCUUUGAUGGAAGUCCAGCCGAGCUCUGAGCCUGACCUAGCUGCUCAGCACUGUGCUCUCCAGUUCAGUGCGCAGAGGACGGGAACAGAGCAUUCAGAGAGCUGAGCCAACACUGAUGGUUCUGCUUCCAUUAGCUGGGAAACUCGUGAAGACACAAAUCACUAAACUAAACGGUCGACAGAACUAAAAACACUUUAUUUAAUGCUAGAAGUCACACUUACAGUAGAUAUGUUGCUUUGAUUGAUGAAGUAGCGGUGAAAGGAACGGAGGCUUUUGUUGGAUCAGCAUGGUGGCAUCAUGGACGUCCAAUGGAGGACUGACUAUAAAUAAAACAAUUUGGCAAAAGCAGACACAGUAGGCCCAUGAAGAUUAUCUGAUAAGUUAUCUUUCUUUCUAAAGGCUGAUAUAUGUACCUUGAAAAGCUUUUUUAGUUAAGAGCAAAGUAUUUUUUGACUUUGUGAAGUAGCUUAUUAUUAAGCAAGUUAAUUAAGCAAUUAAAUAUAUUAACAAAUAGGGAAAAAACAUUACUAAUAUAUUAAGUAAUAUAUUAAUUUGCCUUUUUUUCUACUACAGCAUACAUAUCUGCUUUGUAAAUCAGUUAUUUUGUAUUCUCUUUUGAGAAAGAAUUCUGAAACCAAAAGGGAGAAAUUUCUAUUUUAUUUAUUUCAUAGUGGUGCCCACUUUUUUUUUUUACAUUAUUUUGAUUAAAUACUAUUCCAUAAUUGCUUAUGUAGACGCAGACCUUGUUUUCAUCACAGCAAAUCAAAUCUAAAGCGAUAACGUGGCGUUCUAUCAUUGGCAGAGCAGACAGUCGCACUGAGCCUGAUAGCCUCCUGCAACUCAACACAAGAACUGCUGAAGUAUCUUUCUUAUCUAAUUUUCAAACAUGUACACACCUCUUCCCUCACAGCUUAGCACAUUAAAAUAGCAUAUAAAUAUACCAGAAAAUGUCCCCUCAAACCCGUUAGAUGCUGGUUUGGUUCUUACUCUUCAGUACCACUGCUAAUCCCACACUGUCUGUCUAUGACCUGCAGCUACAGUAGUUUGUUUCCCUUGACUCUGUUAACACUGUUAGCCUGCUAGCUAAUGUCAAUCAAAUGAGCCACCUUUGAUACACCUUUCUGAUAUUUCCCCCAAAUACCUUUUUUCUUCAUUCUAAUAACUACAUUCAAAACAUGUUGAAAUUAUGUUUGCAAAUGGGAGCGAUUACAUUUCAGUUGGACUUUCAACAUUAAGGUCUCUUUACAGUUUUCUUGUGCUUUAGUGGUGCAUUCAGUACUAAAUUAUAUUUCCUUUUAAAACAACAGAAACAGUCUUCAACAAAUAUUCAAAUAGGUUUUCUAGUGUAUUACUUUAAAUUGGCUGAAGUUAGACACAUCAGCCCAGAAUGCCUGACCACCACAGGGCUCUUACAUCACGUGAAAGCCCUCUAUUUGUGGUUGUCAGUGAGGCAAACAUAAUGUAAACUGUAGUGGACAAGAGGACUGAUCGUGCCAAUUUUAAACUAUACUUAUAAGUUACAGGAAGGAAAAAAAAAAAGAUAGGGCGAGUGAGGUUUAAGUGCACCAUGCCUGUAUGACUCAUACUGAGACGACGGUUUGAGAGAAGAAUGAAAGGUUUGUUAUUUAUAGCUGCUGGGACAGAGAAGGGUGGUUGACCUGUAACCUCCAUAGGCUUGCUGGUUAACACCGCCCAAAUGAUGCCCAAAAGGAUGAGCCCUGCAGUUGUGAAUCACUGUUUUUGUGUGUAUGCGAUACGGACGGUGAGAAAACGAGGGUGUUUGUUGUUGUGCAAGUCUGUGUGUAUUUUGAACGCUAAAGAAGUUUAUCUGUUUUUAUUUGCAUUGAUGUACAUUAUUUCAUGACUGACAGAGCCGAACUGUAGUGAGCACCAGUGUUAGAGUUUAACAUUUGCAAACCUUGGGAAAAACAUAUAGUCUUAUAUUAUGGGCCAUGUACAGUAUAUAUUAUUUUGCAGAAAAUUUCAUAUCAGAAAAAGAAGUAUUCUAACAACAGUUAAUCUCAUCAUUUACUUUACAGUUAAGUCACUUAUAUUAUCUGUAUAUAAAGAUUUCAAUUUUAAUAAAUGUCUAUAAUGAUGUUAUAAAACUUAGCUGAGAUACUAAAGCUGCUGUCUGUCUAAUGCUGUCUUGAGUAUCAACAGCGUUGUUUUCUCGUUGUGUUCACCUUUCUAUAGUAUCAAGUUUCCUGUGGCGGUGCUGAGGAGUUAAAUGAGAUCAAAGUGGAAACAAAUAAAAUCUGAAACUUCA